GGGCUGUGGGGAGUGGGGCGUAUGUCGAUAAGGCCAACAGCGCCCAGCACCGUGCAGUUAGGCCCCGAGCAGGGCCCCGCGAGGAGAAACGUGGGGGCAAAAAAACAUAAGACUCGUUAACCAAUGACGGGCUGAGGAGGGGGCCCAUCCCUGAAGCGCUGGGAGUGUGCCAUGUGAGGCCAUGGCCGUCGCCGUCACCGUGACCAUCUGCCUCCUGUGGACGGCGAGCUGCUCAGGAUCCCAGACCAGCCUCUCGACGACCAGCCUCUCGACGACCAGCCCCACGACAGCGAGACUCUCGACGAACAGCCCCACGACGCCGAGACUCUCCUCCAUGGGACCCUCGACGCGUUCGACGCACGCCCGCACGACCACGGCCCCAACCACGGCCUCCGACGAUGACGACGGAGGCACGACCAUGAGCCACACAUCUCACCCAACCCACGACACGCGCUCGACCCACUGGCACACGACCACUGCCGCUACGACCGUCCCGGACGACGACGAGGGCACGAUCCACGCUACGCACUCGACCCACGGCACGCGCACGACACACGCUCGAACGACUUCCGCUUCUGCCAAGGCCUCCGACGACGACGAUGACGACGAGGACACGAGCACGGCCCACGCCGCUCACUCGACCCCCGGCACGCGGUCGACCAGCUCGCAUGCGACCUCGGUCGCCACGACCGUCUCGGCCGACGACGAGAGCACGACGCACACCACGACAACUCGGGGCACACGCUCGACCCACGCCCGUACGACCACCGCCUCGACCACGGUCUCGGACGCCGACGACGAGGGCACGACGCGCAGCUUCUCGACCCGGGGCACGCGCUCGACCCGCGCUCGCACGACCACUCCCUCUACGAGCUCGACCGCGGCCUCGGACGGAGCAAGCGGUACGAACUACAGCACGCGACACGCGCGUACGACCGCCAAAGCGACCCCUCUGACCACUCGGCCCCGCGCGAUCUCGCGAGCCACCGCUCGCCCGACCUCGACAGCCCCCUCGACCUCGGCCUCUGACAUUGCUAAGCCUGCCGUACACGCAGCUCAGUCGGCCGAGGCCGCUCGCUCGACCGCGGAGGACGACGACGACCUCGGCUCGACCACGGCGAUGGCGACGCCACCAGACGAGACGAGCACGGCGGCGGCCUCGACGACCACCCUCAGCACCGACGACGACGGGGCACCCGGGGACGACGACGACAAACCCGCGACCACCACCACGCUAACGCCGACCUCCACCACCGUCACGAACGUCUCCGAGGCCGAGACUUCUGCUCGCGAGACGACCCAGGACAUCGCCCAGGGCACCUCCAUCACACCAGACGGUGACUCGUCGGAGGUCUCGGACAGCACCGCCAAGGCCACAACCGUCACAACGCCCGGGACGUCCUCGGCCACCUCCUCAGCUCAAGCCUCCACCGCCACGGGCCUCGGCAGCAAAUCGGCGUCGCCCCCGAGCACCCCCUCCGACACCUCCCCGGCCAAACAGCCCACGACCCGCGCGGAGGUCCGGGGACCCUCCGUGUCGACCGUCGACCUAGCCGAUGCGUUCGGCUGGCGGAAGCCCGGGCAGAAGCGGGUCCGCAGCACCGACUGCGGAUGCCCACGCAAGGGCCACAAGGUGACGGCGCCGAGCCCGGCCAACGACACCUUCCCGACGGUGCUCGGCUACGCCAGGGUGUUCUCGGCGUACAAGGCCGCGCUGUACGACGAGCUGACAGUGGUCCCGGGGGACAUCGUCACGGAGCUGCAGCCGCACAGCCGCGGCUGGCUGGCGGGCUGCCUCCGCGCGACCAGGGGUGUCUUCCCCGCUAACUUUGCCAGGGCGAGUAUACACUCCCCAAGACUGUCUCUACUAGGGUAGAGAGAAUCGUCUCACCGUCUCCCAUAUUGAUGGAGGGGACUGUCUAUUUUGUCUAUUUCUUAGCCCUGAG